GUGCGAAAAAAUGAUAGAGGUUCCAUGGUGAUUGGCUGUGGUUAAGCUGCUGAAAGGUGAAAGGAUGGCGGAUGGGGUGUUAUGGAGGCCUCCUCGCGUGUGCGAUGAUUACUGGAGUGAGUGGAAGCACUGCCAAAGUCUGGGGAAUCUCUUUCAUCACUACUACACAUAUGGAGAGUUGCCCUCGUGUAAACAGUGGAAGAAAGAUUACAACAGUUGUAUGGAAUGGGAAAAACUUAAGUCUGACGAGGCUAAGAAAGCUUUAUGCCAGAGUGAGAAGAGAAGGUUAGAAGAACAAAAGAGGCACCUUCCAAUCUGGAAGAUGAGGAAGAAUCCACCAGCUGAAUGGCAUCUGCCCCUUAGUGACGGAAAAGGGAAAUAGUGAGUUGAUCAUGCCUGGUGUCACAAGCUUCUGGACAGUUGGGAUAUGAUGCAAUAGGGCCUGUGUAAGUGUGUCAGCUCCUCCCUGAUGUGCAUCCCAUAAUAACAUUGGAUUUAAGAGAACCCAACUGGAAAUGGUGUUCUCAGCCUGAGGACCACCAGUUAACCUGGAUGCACUUUCCUAGGAACUAGGAGGGGUGGUACACCUUCUGUCUUGCAUCUGGUAAUCAGAAUGUUUAUGUAACUGUCUCCAUAGCACAUCCUAUUACCGUGUUGUGGUAAAGAUCUGUGUUCAAUAAAUAAACUAACAUUUUAACUAUGAA